UCUGUCAUCACAUUUCUCUCCUUUUUCCCUCUACCCUCUUUUUCUUCUUCCGAAUUCACACUCCUUCUUCUCCUUGUCAUUCACUGAUCACUGUGUUUGGCAGCUUUAACUUGGCAUUCUCUUCUUUCCCUCUUCCCUUGGACAACUUUCAAUUGUCUCACAAUUUUAUUUGCAAUUAAUAAGCUUUAUUUAAUACGAAGUACCACAUUUCGCCUCGCCAACAUUUUCCAUUUCCUCAGUCUCUUCAAAUAAUAAUUUUGAAAAUUCUAUCAUUCACGCCGCAAUGGGUAGUACUGAAGCAGCCUCGUCGCUGGAUGCACCUAUUACGCUUCAUGUCAAGACAAUCGAGUCUCAGACUCAUACUGUGAAUGUGUUAGUCAGCGAAACCGUUCUCGACUUGAAAGAGAAACUAGCCGUGAUGCUGCAGGUGCCUAGUCCUCGGCAGCGGCUGAUCUUUCGUGGCCGAGUCAUGGUCGAUGAUAAGCCUUUGACGGAAUAUUCUCUGCAGGAUGGACAGACAAUCCACCUUGUUACCCGACCUGCUGAUGCACCACAGAAUCAGCAAAAUGAUGCUCCUCGAAUAGCUACUGGAUCAACUGCUAGCGGUGCUCCUCUCCGAUUUGACACACCAGAAUAUCUUUUCAGCAUCAUCGGUGUAGAUGAUAACAUGGAUGCUCAGAAUGUAAGUCUUGAGGCUCCGUGAUAAUGUCGAAUUGCGACCUGCAAUAUAUUCUACAGGACCCUUGUCUUAUUUUGU